AUGAUACCUGGAACUGCCGCAUCAAUGCUACCAUCUGCAGAAGCUGCGAAAUUGUACCAGACCAAUUACGUCCGCAACUCCCGUGUUAUCGGACUUUUAUGGGCCAUCUUCACUAUCCUGUUCGGCAUUGUUAACGUGACCAUCUUCUCACAGCCCUAUUGGAUUGGCGAUGGCGUGGAUACGCCGCAGGCCGGCUACUUCGGCCUUUUCCACUUUUGCGUCGGAGACGGGAUCGCCAGAGAGCUGGCCUGCCAGGGUAGCUUUACCGAGUUCGCCGCUAUCCCCUCCACUGCAUUCAAGGCCGCCUCCUUCUUCGUUGGGAUGUCCAUGAUGCUGGUUGUCACCUGCAUCGGCUGCUUCAGUCUCUUCUUUCUCCUCAGCACCUCCACCGUGUACAAGAUCUGUGGCUGGAUGCAAGCGUUGUCAGGUGUCUGUUUGGUGCUGGGUUGUAUGAUCUAUCCUGAUGGCUGGGACAGCGAUGAGGUCCGGCGGAUGUGCGGUGAGAAAACGGACAAAUACAGCCUUGGGGCCUGUUCCAUGCGCUGGGCCUACAUCUUGGCUAUUAUGGGCAUCCUGGAUGCACUCAUCCUCUCCUUCUUGGCCUUCGUCCUGGGCAACCGGCAGGACGGGCUUAUGACAGAAGAGCUCCUGGCUGAGAGCAAGGGUGAGAGUAGGGAGGCAACGCCUAACCAAAUUUAUAGGUUCCUGAGUUUCCAUAUGUCCGUUGUCAUAAAGUACCAGUCCCUCAACAUCAGCUUAAAGGAGGGAGGCAGUCCAGUUCCUAUACGUCACCCUACCCCAACACUAGACGGAGCCCACUGCACAUUCAUCCCAGAGCUAACCCUAGCACAGCAUUGCAUAGACCAUGGCAGGGGCAGAGACUGUUAUCUAUAUGAGAAGUAUGGACUACCCCACUACCUAUCUGAGAAGGCACAGGGUUGA